AUGAUAUUCUUCAGCCCUCAACUGUCUGGAAAACCGAUGAUAAUCACUCAACGCUCUAUGGCGCGAUACUACUUUGUAAGUACAUACUCGUUCAGUUGUUGUGUCAAAACUUGAAAUAAAUGUAUUCUAAAUUUUAGCUGAUGAUCUUGGCCAUGUUUUCAUUUGUUUACUUUAUAAUCCACAUCUUCACAACCAAAUUAAUCAAAGCCGCGGCAUUCACACAUGGCUUCCGAGUGUCACUCAUGACGACAGGAGUUCUGUUGUUGAGUUAUGUAAGCAAAACAACAUUUGCCGUAAGCAAAUGUGUUCUUUAGCCCAUUUUCAUUUUCUGCUUUGCGAGAAUUUGGAGAAUUCUCUACAGCGCGGAUUCUCAGAGUGACAGAGAUUUUCAACGUCUUCUGCUGAAUGAAGGCGACUUUGAACUAGCCGGAAAAGAAGACUUCCGCUUCUACAGCACCUUGCUUUUGAAAACCCGGCUCUUUUUAAUAAUAUCGGUUUUUAGUAUUUUUAUUAGUCUUAUGCUUACAUGCGAAAUUUUAUGGGUGCAAGUUUGUAUUCUUGCGGCUAGAUUGGAUGACGCAUAAACUGGUAACAUAGAAUUGGGUUUGAAAUCGUGGCUAGAACUACCGAAUCAGCUUUGCCCCAUGCUCCAUAUUAACACUAGCUAUCUUACCAGUUCAAAAUAAACAGCUCUACGUGACUUAUCGUCUCAAUUGGUCUCAAAGAACCAACAAGAACGAUUGUAUUGUUAUGUUUCUAAAUCAGCUCCCUCAAUGCGAUAAACAUUGAAAUAAAUUCAACUUCCCCGUUUUCCUUUGAAUCACUUCGAGUCUCACGUAUUUAUCAGGUUUCUUAUACUUUUAAUUUCAUUAUGAAGCCGGUGUUAUUUAUAUUGUCUCUGGGAUUCGUAUACAAAGCGUCCGCAUCCAUUCAAAGUAUUGCUGUUACCGGGCAGCUGAUGUGCCACGGCCAGCCUGCGAAUGAUGUGGUAAGUUUGUUCGCAUAGACUGAGUAAUGUAGACUAGUAGACUAGUAAACAAACUUUAAAUUUGCCGUUUCUCAGAAAGUCAAGCUCUACGAUGAGAAUACGAUCACAUUGGACAACAAAUUGGACGAACAAAGAACAGACGAUGGUGGUUACUUUACAGUGGAAGGUUCAGAAAAAUCGGCCUUUACGCUGAAUCCUAAGAUCAAUGUAUACCACAACUGUCAUUACUGGAAUCCACUUUGUUCGCAAAAGUUUACAAUUCAUAUUCCCACUUCCUACAUAACAAAAGGGGGAAUUCCCCGGAAAGUUUUUGAUGCCGGAAGGUUCAAUUUGGAGGCCAAGUUCCCAGGACAAAGUAUGGAUUGUAUUAAUAAAUAA